AUCGUGAAGAAUACCUUCAUGGAAGCAAAAAGUUCCAAGUUCACCAAUGGCAAAAAUAAGUCAGUACAAAUAACUCAAUCAGUGUUUCCGCUUAUCAAAGAAGCAGGUGGCAAAGCUCAUGCUGUAAUCAGCAUUGAUCCUGUCAUGCAAGAGCCUCUUCCUCGCAGAAAAUGGCCUAUCUGCAGGAUCCCAUUGCACGUUCGCGAAGAUAACGAGAAAGCUUAUGCUCCCAGAUUAGUCUCCAUUGGCCCACUUCAUCACAAGAGGCCUGGUUUAGAGUUUAUGCAAGCUCAAAAGUUGAGACUUUUUGAUUCCCUUUUGGAAAGAGGCAGACAUCAUGGUAUUUAUGUACUCAAUGUUCUCAGUGAUGCUAUGAAAGAAUUGGAAGCAGAAACAAGAGAAUGCUAUGCAGAGGACUUAACACACAUUGACAGUGAUAGCUUCACAAAAAUGAUGCUAGUUGAUGGUUGCUUUGUGAUAGAGCUCUUGCGCCUCGGUGGAAAAAGUUACCAGGGAAAGCUGGCAGAUGAUCCCAUCUUUGCUACUCGUUGGAUGCCAUCCAAUCUUGGUCUUGAUCUCCUGCUGAUUGAAAAUCAACUUCCUCUAUUUGUACUCCAAAGGCUUUUUGAUCUUACCAGGUUGGGUGAUGAAAAAGAUUCUCUCAACAAGCUCGCUCUCCAAUUUUUCGAGUCGCUCAGGCCAGGGAAAGAUGCCAUUACCAGCGAAACAACUGAUCAUGCAGACAGGAAAUACACACAUUUACUUGCUCUCUUUCAUGCUAGCUUUGCUCCAACUGAAACUUACUGUUCUACUACCCAAGCAAGAAGGUCCUGUACGUAUAAUACAUAUAGUGGGAAAGGCUGGAUCUACAGCGCUAAAUCACUCAGCCUUUGUGGGCUGACAUUCAAGAAAAAGUCCGGUAACAUGUUAGAUUUGGAAUUCGAGGACAGAGUGCUGAAGAUUUCCCAAUUGUUCAUUGAUGAUAACACAGGCAUUGUGUUGAGAAAUUUGAUGGCUCAUGAGCAGGGUGAUAGAGGUUCUGCACCAUAUUUUACGUCCCUAGUAGUUUUCCUCGGCAAUCUGCUGUGCUCAAGAGAUGAUGCUAGAGUUCUGAUGAAAGCAGGGAUCAUCAGACAACCAGAGAAUGAUGAAGAAAAGUAGUGAAUUUUUUCAACAGCCUUGUUAAGCAACUUGUGUUUGACAUGGACAGAUGCUACCUUCAUGAGCUAAUGGAAGAUGUCAAUAUUAGCAGUCAAUCAGUCUGGGCAAAACUCAGACUACGUUGCCGUCCCAUCUUACCUCACCUCAGAAUCAUAGAGAUUGCCUUGUUUACUGUCUCCUUGGCACAAACAUUUAUCCUCAUCAGAAGCUCAUAGCUUCUUCCACGUUGAAGGCUGAUUUUUUUUUUCUUUUGGUUGGAUGUAACAUAGUUCCUAUCAUGUUCUCCAAAGAAAACAUUUCUUAAUA